GGUGAAGGUUCAGUUUUGAGCAGAUUUCAAACUUGACCGGUCCAGUGCUGCGAUGUUUAAUACUCCAUAUAAAGCUAUUAUGAACAGCAGUUUGCUCAUUAAAAUAAGAUUUAAAGAUAACAUGGAAUAGCUUAUUUGAACUUUUAAAAAUAAUUUGUCCACCACAGGAAAGUUUAAAAUGAACCAGUGAAAGUAAGAAAGGGAUUAAAGCACAAAAGAAAAGCAGUUUGUCAGAGUAAAUGUGCUCCUUUAAGAUGUCCUGUAGAGCUGAUGUGGUAAGAGAGACAGGAAGGGGAAGGAAAUGAUAAUAUUAGUUGCUGACGCUAAGUUGUUCACUCAGUACAGAAGAGAACGACAGUCACGUUUGUCACACUGAAUUUGGUGUUUUAUUUUAGAGAAACUCUUGUCAAAGUUGAUCAUGUGGGACGUUCUGCUGCUCUUUUCCAGCAUCUGUACAGCUGUUGUUGUAGGAGCUCCAGGUCCAGUUACAGGACACAGAGGAGAGAGAAUUGAGAUCAGAUGCUCAUAUAAACCUGGAUAUGAAUCAAAUUCAAAGUAUUUUUGUAAAGGCAAGUGUAAAUACGUUCUAAAUAAAAACAUCAUGGUUGAAUCAGGAUCUCCAGCUAAAGACGAGAGAUUCUCUCUGACUGAUGACAAGAAGAACAGAGUUUUCACCGUCACCAUCACUGAUCUGAGAACAGAGGAUGCAGGACAAUACUGGUGUGCUGUGAAGAGGAGUUUGCCUUUACCUGAUCUCUAUUCAGAGAUUUUGUUGCUGGUUAAACUGGGUCACGCCCCACAUUCAGAGUCUGUCAUAUACGUCAGUGUUGGGUUAGUCAUCAUGGUGAUCAUCUUCUUCAUGACGCUGAUGGUGUGGUGUAGGAAGAUUAGCAAGAAACCAUCAAGAGUUUCACAAUCAGGACUUUCACAGCAAGUCUCCAUCACACAUUUGCCUUUGAAUACGACAGCAGGAAUCACUUCAGAGGACAUUGAAUGGAAUGACCAUUUUUAUCAGGAAAUCAGUGAGUUUCAGUGCAAGAACAAACACACCACCACCAUCUACACUACAGCAGAAACUCCAGAUGAUCCAAUGAUCUACUACACUGCAGAUAAACCAGAUGAUCCAAUGAUCUACUACACUGCAGAUAAACCAGAUGAUCAAUGAUCUACUCCACUGCAGAUAAACCAGAUGGUCAAUGAUCUACUCCACUGCAGAUAAACCAGAUGGUCAAUGAUCUACUCCACUCCAGAUACUCCAGAUGGUCAAUGAUCUACUCCACUGCAGAUAAACCAGAUGGUCAAUGAUCUACUCCACUCCAGAUACUCCAGAUGGUCAAUGAUCUACUCCACUGCAGAUAAACCAGAUGGUCAAUGAUCUACUCCACUCCAGAUACUCCAGAUGGUCAAUGAUCUACUCCACUGUAGAUAAACCAUAUGGUCAAUGAUCUACUCCACUGUAGAUAAACCAGAUGGUCAAUGAUCUACUCCACUGCAGAUAAACCAGAUGGUCAAUUAUCUACUCCACUGUAGAUAAACCAGAUGGUCAAUGAUCUACUCCACUGCAGAUAAACCAGAUGGUCAAUGAUCUACUCCACUGUAGAUAAACCAGAUGAUUCAAUGAUCUACUCCACUGCAGAUAAACCAGAUGGUCAAUGAUCUACUCCACUGCAGAUAAACCAGAUGAUUCAAUGAUCUACUCCACUGUAGAUAAACCAGAUGAUUCAAUGAUCUACUCCACUCCAGAUACUCCAGAUGAUUCAAUGAUCUACUCCACUGUAGAUAAACCAGAUGAUUCAAUGAUCUACUCCACUCCAGAUACUCCAGAUGGUCAAUGAUCUACUCCACUCCAGAUACUCCAGAUGGUCAAUGAUCUACUCCACUGUAGAUAAACCAUAUGGUCAAUGAUCUACUCCACUGUAGAUAAACCAGAUGGUCAAUGAUCUACUCCACUGCAGAUAAACCAGAUGGUCAAUGAUCUACUCCACUGUAGAUAAACCAGAUGAUUCAAUGAUCUACUCCACUGCAGAUAAACCAGAUGGUCAAUGAUCUACUCCACUGCAGAUAAACCAGAUGAUUCAAUGAUCUACUCCACUGCAGAUAAACCAGAUGAUUCAAUGAUCUACUCCACUCCAGAUACUCCAGAUGAUUCAAUGAUCUACUCCACUCCAGAUACUCCAGAUGAUUCAAUGAUCUACUCCACUGCAGAUAAACCAGAUGAUUCAAUGAUCUGUGUCUCUCAUCAUCUUCAUGGAUUGGAAUCUAAAGCCACAAUGUCAUGUGAUGGGACAAAAAAAAAAAAAGAAAGAAAUCAUUGGAUACAUCAGGCUUUAAACGAGGAAUCAUAAUGUUCUCAUCUGCUUGAUUUGUGGAAUAUAGACAGUCAGUCCAUAUCUACGUUCUAGCUUUUGACUAUAGUAAAUUUAAUAAAUUCAUUCUUUUUCUAUUAUAUUGUUUGUUACACAAUGAGCAGUAACAAAAGUUGUAUAUUAUGCACAUUACAUGUGUUAUUUGUUUAUUUAUGUGAAAUACACUGCUGUAUCGUAUCAGGGAUAUAGCUCAAUGAACUUAAUUAAACAAGUUAAUUAAACAGUGAUGUUUAUGGCAGCUGUCUUACACUGGAGUGACACACAAUGAAGUGUUUCGACUUAUUAAAUGACCAGGAAAUAGACACAGAGAGACAAAACAAACACAAAAGAGCUUCACAGCUUGACAAAGGCCUCAUCUGUGUAAAACAAGAUCUGGAUUCAAGUCAUAAUAAAGAUGAACUUUCAGUUUAUGGAUAAUUAUGUUCUCAUGUAUUAUUAAUGAAUAUCAAUAUUGUUAUUUUUAAGGGAAAAGUCUGUUCAACAGUUUCACUUCUGCUUUAGUGGUUUUUAUCUUUUUAUGUGUUUCUUUAUAUUUAUGACAUUCUCUUCUGGUAAAUGUGUCUUCUUAUUGAAUAAAUGAAAUAUAUUUAAAUUUAACUCCAUGAAGUGAAUGAUCAAGCCUGCUGUAAAGUGUGAGUGUGUUUCUGUAGUUUCUGCAGAACUGAAUUAAUCCAUGAAUAGAGGAUGUGGAAAUGGAGGCUUUACUUUGAAUACGGGAGACGGGAAGUAAAGUGAAAUUGUGGGAAGUGUGUUCAGUUACUAAUAAUAGUUUAUUCAUUCAGAGGCCGCGAGUGACAAAGAGGAACUCAUGACACAUGAAGCUCACAGAAGGAGAAAUAAGCUUGUCUUCAUCAACAAAACUCUUUAUAUGUCAACAGUUCUGAUUUCUUCUGUAAAUUUUGCUCUUUUUUUGUUGAUGUUUCAAGUCUGAACUUGUGACACAGAACAGCAGAAGACAAAAGAGGAGGAAGUUUGCAUCUCAUCAUAAUUAUGACAAAAACGCAACCAGAACCCACCUGAAACACACGAGAGCUUCAGAAGAACUGAAUCUACUGAUAACAGAGAAGAUCAUUUAAUAAGAGAGAAGAAUGAAGAUCAUCUUGACUUUCACUCUGAUGAUUCCUGGUAAGAAUCUGAGGAAACAAGUUUAAAUGUGACCAUCAGAAAUCUGAGUCAGUGGGAUUCUGGAACAUACUAUUGUGGGGUCGAUAAAUAUGGGAUAGAUUUCCACACCGAAGUGAAGCUGAAAGUUGGAACAGGUUAGUAACUGAAAUGCAUUUAACCCAUCUUUUGACCAUGACCAUCACAAAUGCUGUUUUUUUUUUUUUUGUUUUUGUUUUUUUUUGGUAAUUUGGUGCACAAAUUAUAUUUUCCGACCCUAUUGGCUGAUAUUUGCUCUUGCUUGCUUAAUUUUAAGAUUUGUCAUUUUGCAUAGAAGUAGGCCUAAAUGAAUCUUGAAUUAAGAAUGUCAAGUCUCUUUUUUAUUUCUAAAGCCCUUUAUACAGUAGAGAUCAUUUCAAAACAGCUUCACAGUAAUAAACAGAAUCAAUGAUGCAAUCUUUAUCAAAUUUGAGACAAAUUUAAAUUCUGUAAAACAGCUCUAAAAAGACAAUAGUGUCAUUAUUCAGCUUGAGCAGUUUUACUGAAGACACUAGUGUUGUUAUUCAGCUUGAGUUAAAAUGUGCAAAUAUUUGCCAAAAAAAAAAAAAAAUACUGAGGAAGAACAACAAUUAUUUUAAUCAAUUUAGUGCACAAGCCAUGUUAAAAUGCAAAUGUUGCCACUAAGACUUUAUUAGUCAACAGGAAGUUCAGAACAACUGCAGAUACAAUAAGAGCUCAAAUGUGAUGUUUUGAUGAUCUGUUUCCUCAGGUUCCUGCAAGAAGCGUCAGACUCGAGGUCAAACUCUUUCCAUAAACCCCUCUGAUCCUUCUAAAACUGUUUAGUGCUGCUCCACAAUUACCCACAACCCUGUUUUGAUCACCCUAAAAUGGCCUGACCAGUAAAAAAGCUCAACUUUCUUCAGAAAAAUCCUUCAGGUCCUGCAGAUUCUUCAUUUUUUACAUUGUCUUUUGCAUAUUUGAUCCUUUUCCAGGAGUGACUAUGAUUUUAAGAUUUAUCUUUUCACACUGAGGACAAUUGUGGGAUUCAAACAGUUAUUUAAAAAGGUUCAAACAUUCAGAAGGAAAUGUGAUGCAUUUAAAUCCACUACAGUAACUAAUGUACUUGUUCUUACAAACUCAGCAGCUCAUGUCUGUCCAGAUAAACUAUUUAUGAUUUGUUGAUUUAUGUAACAUGACUCAGUUUCAUACAGGGCUCUUGAACAUCAGUUAUUCUGCAUAAGGCUUUUCUGAAGUGUAAUUCCAGGAGCUGAUCUGGACAGACUGUGUUUGUUUGCUUGUGCUGAAUCUCUGCUGCUGUCCGUGGUGCUGAACAUCAUCUGAACACUUGAGGGAGCCGCCUGACUCAAUCCUGAACACUUUAAAAUCUCCUUUAUUUGUUCCACUUUUGUUUUGAUCUGAUGUGUUUCAUAUGUGUCUGUGGAAACCAGAUUCACUGAAGGAGUAUUCAAA